AUGAGUAACAUAGACCUACUAUCUACCUUCUUGACGUUCCGCAGUUGCACAGAAGUCUUUGAAAAGGUCAUAGAAGCUUUAAAAGACGCAGAUCCAGCGGUCGCUGUUCUUGCGCUUGAAGGUCUUUUCUGCAUUGAAGAAAAGGUAAACUCAAAGCAGUUCCCUGGGGUUCCAGAAUCUCAAGUCAAAAACAUUUUGCGAAAAUGGCGCUGCGAGUCGCCACUAAGCUGGGGAUAUGAGACAGAUAGGGCGCCUAAGUUUCUCAAAGGUCUCACCAUCUUUAAAACCCUUCAAGUUCCCCUAUUCAUCGAUAAUUACGGGUAUAAGGAACUAUUGAGCAGUUUUAAACCUGAAGAGAAAAAGGACGUCAGAAUUGACGGAGAAACACCGAUAUUUCACGUUACUCACCAGGAGGAAGCCGAAAGGAUAACUAGUGAGGGUAAGUUCCAACCGAGUGAUAACAAGAACAUUAUCAAAGGAACUUGGUUUGGACUUGACAAUCCGACAGAUUCGAGCAGCGUCUAUGGUAGCAGCUGCUUCGAAACGACUCUUUCAAAGCUAGGUGUUGAAGGGCUACAUCAAGGCGAGGUUGUCUCGUACAAGUACGAGGUCAAUGUGAUUCUCUACGCUGCAGAUGAUGAUGGGUGCAACUGGAAUGGAUUGAAGAAACCAGCCGAUGAAGCUGUUAACAAAAUAAACGAAGGAGCAUAUGUAAAGGUAUCCAUAUUUGUGCCAGCAAGAUUCUUAAAUGUAAUCUCUGAUAAAUUUCAUGAAGUUGUUAGUGGUCCUACUAAAGUUGAUCACGGUCCAUUUUGCGUCAGGGAGAAGCGAUCAGACUAUCAGUGCAAAGAACUGGGAAAGCAUACAUGA